UGCUGCUGGGAGCUUCCCCCGCCACCGCACCCAUCAGAGGAGGAGUGGGCUGGGUGGAAUCCCUUCUCUUAUACCUAGGCGUUGUUACCAAAGAGACCGCUCCUCCUGGUUUGAUAGACAGAGCUGCUCACCGGUUCCUCGAAAGACUAUCAGAAGACUUGAUUGCAUUUUGGGCAGACAUGGGCUGGGGUGUAGCUGUGUUGCUUUUGGAAAUUCGUUGCUGAGUUAGCUUGCUGGCUGUUCUAAUUUCUAAGACGUUAUGGCUAAGCAGUAUGAUGUGCUCUUCCGACUCCUGCUUCUCGGAGAUUCGGGGGUUGGAAAAACAUGUUUAUUAUGCAGGUUCACGGACAACGAAUUUCACCCGUCUCACAUUUCCACAAUCGGAGUCGAUUUCAAAAUGAAGACGCUAGAGAUAGAUGGCAUCAAAGUGCGGAUACAGAUUUGGGACACAGCAGGACAGGAGAGAUAUCAGACCAUCACUAAGCAGUACUACAGACGAGCACAGGUACGAGGUCAGAUCAGGUAUGAUAACUACUAUUCCUCAUGAUAUUGCAGGUACGAGGUCAGAUCAGGUACGAGGUCAGAUCAGGUACGAGGUCAGAUCAGGUAUGAUAACUACUAUUCCUCAUGAUAUUGCAGGUACGAGGUCAGAUCAGGUACGAGGUCAGAUCAGGUACGAGGUCAGAUCAGGUAAGAUAACUACUAUUCCUCAUGAUAUUGCAGGUACGAGGUCAGAUCAGGGAAUCUUCCUGGUUUAUGACAUCACAAGUGAGCGAUCCUUCCAGCACAUCAUGAAGUGGGCCAGCGAUGUGGACGAGUAUGCUCCUGAUAACAUCCAGAGGAUCCUCAUAGGGAACAAGUCAGACGAGGAGGAGAAGAGACAGGUUGCUACAGGACAGGGCAACAAGCUGGCCAAGGAUUAUGGGAUGGACUUCUUUGAGACAAGUGCCUUCACCAACUAUAACAUCACAGAGUCCUUCACACGAUUGGCUGAGCAGGUCCUGGCAGCCAAUAAGAAGGACCUGGACCUCCUAAGGGCGUCGGUCACAGACGAGCUCAACCUCGCCGCCCUGGAGGAGGAGGAGGGCAUCACAGACGGGGCCGCCGCCUCACAGAAGGGCUGCUGGUGUUAAGGGCUGGGCCUGGUCAAAAGUAGUGCACUAUGUAGGGUAUACGGUGAGAAAAGUAGUGCACUAUGUAGGGAAUAGGGUGAAAAAUAAGUAGUGCCCUAUGUAGGGAAUAGGGUGAGAAAAGUAGUGCCCUAUGUAGGGAAUAGGGUGGCACUUCUUAUGUAAGAACUGGUUCUGGAUGCGUCUCAAAACACACCCUAUUCCCUAUGCGAGAUCUAGUUUAAAGUAGUGCACUUUGUAGGGAAUAGGGUGGAGGGUGACACUUCUCUUCUUCAUGUUAGAACCUGAUUAAUUAACGUAGCCGAUUGCCUUUCUACCAUCAUAGGUGGUAUACUGGCAUUUGAUAGGUUUUUUAAAUUGUAUUUUUCAUUGUAGUUGUUAGAUUCUGCCACAAGAGGGUGCUGCUGAUACAUGCUGCGUUAUAUACAAAGCUUUCGGUAUUUAGAGUACACCGCAGGGCUGUUGAUAAAGUGGUCACGACCCAUUACACUGUUCUACUGUAAUGCAUCUCCAAUGAUCCACCGUUCCCCUUUAUAGUACACUGCUCGGCUAAGCUCAGACCUACUGCGCCAUAGGGAAUACACUGUUUGUGGUACAGACAAUGUUCCAUUUAGUUCCAGCCUCGUCAUUUUGUUUCUCGAGGCAACUUUCAAUGACAAUGUACAUAAUACUCCUAGUUUAAUUGAACGUAAUUACCAUUACAGGCCUGUAUAAAGUGUUGACAUUUUUGAUGGUCUUAAAAUAUUCCCUCUAUGAUUCUAUCUACGAUGACGUAUUUUGUUUUCUUCUGUCAUGUUAUCCAGACUAGCAACGAACCAGCGAGAGAUCUGCAUGCGUCCACACUUCAAGACUCAUAUUUUUAUUUCAUUUUCUUGCAACUUCAAUGAAGUUAAUUAUUCAAACUGGUCAUUUAUUAAACACUUAAUUAAGCAUUUGACCAGAGUGGUCUGACGUUAUUAUUCUUAACCUGGCCUAUUCUCUCUACGACUGACACAAUGUUAAUAGUGCUACCAUCAACAAAAACUCAUGUUUAUGUGUGCAAGUGAUAAUAUGGUAUGUAGUAUUGAAUGAAACGCUGGACUAUGAUUUCUAGAUACAGAUGAAAUAUGUAUGUCUGUUUUGUUUGAUGAUGGGGGUGUGAGGGGGUACGUUUUGAAUUGCAUUUGGUGGAUAUAUAUAUAACGUGCAACAUUGUAAUUAUUUCACAUGUUUAUUGAAUAAAUGCUUGAAGAUGAAUGA